CAGCCAUUGUAUGUAUUUAACGAGCAUACAGCAUCGGUGAAAGCUCUUGCAUUCAAUCCCCAUCAAGCUGAUUCGCUCGCCUCUGGUGGCGGGACCACGGAUCGAACAGUAAAAUUCUGGGAUCUUGCUAGUGGAAAUCUGUGUCAUAGCCAGGAUACGAUGAGUCAGGUCAGUGGAAUCGCAUUCACUCCAAACUACAAGGAAUUCAUCACUGCGCAUGGUUACCCGUCAAACGACCUCAAAAUCUGGAACUAUCCAUCGAUGGCUUCUCUUAAGAUUUUGACUGGACACACUGAACGUGUGCUUGGCUUGACCAUGUCACCUUGUGGUCAGUAUGUGAUGAGCGCAUCCAGUGAUGGCACCCUUCGGCUGUGGUGCUGUUUCAAAGUCGACAAAGGCAACAAAUGGAGAUUCACAAACGAAAAUCAGCGUCCUGCAAAAUUCUUUUGCUAG